CCUCCCCCGGGGUUGAUGGUACGGUCCCCGGGCUGCUCCCCCACCCCUCUGUCGCGGACCUUGGUACAGGCCCAGGGGGCCCUCGUGGCCUCUCAGGGCUGCCCUUGCCCCCCGCCGAGUUCCGGGCCAGUCUUUGCUCAAGCUGGUUGGCUGGAGCGGUGCCCGGGCUGCGCCGCAAUAGGGGAUGUUGGAAAUUACUAUUAUGGACAAGGCCACCCAAUGAAGCCUCACCGAAUCCGCAUGACUCACAAUUUGCUGCUGAACUAUGGUCUCUACCGAAAGAUGGAAAUCUAUCGCCCUCACAAAGCCAAUGCUGAGGAGAUGACCAAGUACCACAGUGAUGACUACAUUAAAUUCUUGCGCUCCAUCCGUCCAGAUAACAUGUCUGAGUACAGCAAGCAGAUGCAGAGAUUCAACGUUGGUGAGGACUGUCCAGUAUUUGAUGGCCUGUUUGAGUUCUGUCAGUUGUCUGCUGGUGGCUCUGUGGCAAGUGCUGUGAAACUUAAUAAGCAGCAGACGGACAUCGCUGUGAAUUGGGCCGGGGGCCUGCACCAUGCAAAGAAGUCCGAGGCAUCCGGCUUCUGUUACGUCAAUGAUAUCGUCUUGGCCAUCCUGGAACUGCUAAAGUAUCACCAGAGAGUGCUGUAUAUUGACAUUGAUAUUCACCAUGGCGAUGGCGUGGAAGAGGCCUUCUAUACCACAGACCGGGUCAUGACUGUGUCCUUUCAUAAGUAUGGAGAGUACUUCCCAGGAACUGGGGACCUACGGGAUAUUGGGGCUGGCAAAGGCAAGUAUUAUGCUGUUAACUACCCACUCCGAGAUGGAAUUGAUGACGAGUCCUAUGAGGCCAUUUUCAAGCCGGUCAUGUCCAAAGUAAUGGAGAUGUUCCAGCCUAGUGCAGUGGUCUUACAGUGUGGUUCAGACUCCCUCUCUGGAGAUCGCCUGGGUUGCUUCAAUCUGACCAUCAAAGGGCAUGCCAAGUGUGUGGAAUUUGUCAAAAGCUUCAACCUACCUAUGCUGAUGCUGGGAGGAGGUGGUUAUACCAUUCGUAAUGUUGCUCGGUGCUGGACAUACGAAACAGCUGUGGCUCUAGACACAGAGAUCCCUAAUGAACUUCCAUACAAUGACUACUUUGAAUACUUUGGACCAGAUUUCAAGCUUCACAUCAGUCCUUCCAAUAUGACUAACCAGAACACUAAUGAAUACCUGGAGAAGAUCAAACAGCGGCUCUUUGAGAAUCUGAGAAUGCUGCCCCACGCACCUGGGGUCCAAAUGCAGGCAAUUCCUGAGGAUGCCAUCCCCGAGGAGAGUGGCGAUGAGGACGAAGAAGAUCCUGACAAGCGCAUCUCAAUCUGUUCCUCUGACAAACGAAUUGCCUGUGAGGAAGAGUUCUCUGACUCAGAUGAGGAGGGAGAAGGGGGCCGCAAGAACUCUUCCAACUUCAAGAAAGCCAAGAGAGUCAAAACAGAAGAUGAGAAAGAAAAAGACCCAGAAGAGAAAAAAGAGGUCACAGAAGAGGAGAAAACCAAGGAGGAGAAGCCAGAAGCCAAAGGGGUCAAAGAGGAGGUCAAGAUGGCCUAAGCAGACCUCUCCAGCUCGGGCUUCUUGCCAAGUUCCCUACCUUUCUCCAACCCCUCAGAUUUUAUAUUUUCUAUUUCUCUGUAUAUUUAUAUAAAGUAUAUUAAAUAUAAAUGUCCUUAGGGACUAGAUAGGAGCCAGGGCCCUUGAGUGCAGGGCAGCUAUGCUGAGGGAACUCUUCUAGUAGCUGUCUUGCUCCCCAUCCUUCCCCAAGUUUUAGUUUUAAACCAUAAAGGGUACAGAUUUGGAUGGAAGCAAUGCAGCCAUAAGACAAAAUCCUGGCAUGCUGAGGGCCUCCUUUGUAGCUUUGGAAAAGGAACCCUGUUAAGUGUUCUAGAAGGGAUGGAUGCGUCUUCAGGGGCCCCCUGUUCUUUGGGCUCCUAAGGUAACAUCAGCCAUUUUUAGAUUGGUUCUGUUCUCAUAACUUCACACUGGCCCCAAGUGAGCUAAGAAACUCACACUGCCCUCUUGUCUUCCCCCAGUUCUGCAGGUGGAGGUUGGUAGCCUAGCUUCAUUUUUUUGAGACAUUUUCAUUUUUGUGAGACUCUUUGUAAUAAAAUGGUACAUUUCUAUAUUCUCCUGA